AUGAACCUCAGCCGCACCCUGGUCCCGACGGCUCCUCCAGCCGGCCACACGCUCCUCAACGGCGACCAGUGGAGUAACUCGCGGCUUCUAACAGCAACCCGACGGAUGGCGCUUCCUGGCAACCCGUCCUCUCGUCGCUUGUUCCCGGAGCCUGCUCGUGCCGUCCUCCACAAAAAGAACCCAAGUUCUACCUUAUAUCUUAAUGGGAAGCCUCCGUGGUUAAUGUUUUCCUUCCGGAAACCCUGGACAAAGAUCUUCCAGAAACAGUUGAGCAAAUGCAAGAAUGUCAGGGGUAUGUCCGAUUUUCCAAAGUUCUUGACUGAAUUGCUUUAG